GCACCCCUGCCAUUUCAAACAAGGUGGACAGAGAGGACAAGUCUGCUUUAUUAUUUUACCUCAAACAAAGAUUUACCGUGGAAUGUAUUGUUUUCAUGUAUUUGUAGUUAAUGGAUCUGUCGUUGGAGCUGCAAAGAAAUGACUGAAUUUACUCGGUUUAUGGCAAAGAGGAAGACUUGGAGUGAGAAUCCGAGCUCUAUGUUGGAACAAGGCACAUCAUCAGAAAACAAAAUGGCCGAGUCGAACAUUGAAGCUGGUACAUCAUCCAGUGUCGACAUAUCAGGAAAGGCGCCAGAUGUAUUCCGUGUUUCCUGGCUGCCGGACGAUCAUGUUGCUGAACUCACUCGCAUCCUCCAUGGGGUGACAGCAGACAGAGUGGAGACAUGUUUGGUUCAGUAUGUGGAAGAAAGCAUUGAACCAGCUGGCUGGAGAGCAAUAUGGAGACCUUCAUCUGAUCACUCUGAACUGGUCUUCAACUUCAAACAGCCUGUUGAUGUAUUUGUGGAUGUAGUUAAUGUGAGUCGUGAAGAACUGUUAGCUGAUGUAGAAAUCGUAAAGCCAGUCAAGAAUGAUCUUCCUGAGGAUGAUGUCAAGCUAUUACAGCAACAAAAAAAUGAACAGGUUACUGUGCCGCUGAUGGAACUGUAUCCACUUGCUGAACAAGAAAAUGAUGUUCUGGAUAUUACGACCACUGCUGAGAUUCUGGACCAGAUUAGGUUUUUUUACGAGCACAUUUGGCAGGCCUGGGAUCUAGAAGAAGAAAACUGCUGCUAUGACCACUACCUUAUCACUACUCGUCUGAAAUUGUACCAGGAUAUAGAGAUGGGUCACAUUCCUUCAGCUGCUGGCACAGAGAUUAGAAAUCUUGUCAAGCAAGCCAGCAUUGUAGAGAAUGAGAUUAAGAUGAUAGAGUCUUUCAAUGAAGGGGAAGAGGUUGACCAGGUUGAUGUUACCCGUCUCAUCCAGCUACACAAGCAGAUGGAGCAACUUAAAGCUCGAUAUGAAAUACUUCAGGAUCCAGUUUUUAGAGAACUGUCAAACUACGAGCAACAAAUAGAGCGGUGCAGGAUGGUGAGCCUGAAGGCAGGGGCCAGAAUUGCUAAGUUGAAGGUGGUGGUUGACUCCCUACCCAUUGGAGAGUUGGCACUGCACAUGGCUAAAUUGCCUGACCUCAUUAAAUGUCUCCCACAGUUUCAUGAUGAUGAACCUUGUGAGACAUAUCCGAGCCUCCAGCUGGCCCUGGACAUGACUAAGAAGGAAGAUGUUGUAGUGGUGUUACCAGGAAUACAUUUACUCAGCCACUUGAGACAAAUUAGUGAAGGUGGCAUGUUAAUAGGUCUUGGAGAUGGAGUAGUGAUUCAAGGGAUGGAGGAAGCCGGAGACAUCCUAAUGGACACCUCAGGGACAUUUUCCUUGCAGAAUAUAACUGUAAGACCUGCCAGUAAUCAAGUGGCAGUUCUUCACCAUGAGGGCAUCCUAACACUAAACAAUGUCACUUUUGAAGGUGGUAGUGGUAGUUUUGUUGGACUUGGAAAGACGAAUACCCAGGUUGAUGGUGUAAUCGCCCGAGGCUGUAGUGGCAUAGGGAUGGACUUCAGAGAAGGUGCCACAGCUGUUAUAUCUGGUGCUUCUGUUUAUGACUGUGGUAUAGGUAUUCAACUGAAGGAGGAGGCAAAGGUGUCACUAUCAACAAGUACCAUUACGAAUAACAAGAAACAUGGAGUCCUGUUUGUGUGGCCUGUCAGUUCUGAUAUCUCCAAGUUUAAUGACAUCCCCAAGGAGGCACUUCUAGAGUGUCUGCUACAAGAGUACAUGGGGAGCAGUGUGGAAUAUAAUGCAGAGGAUGUAGGUGUGGUAGUGGCCGAGAGCGUCUCCAUGGAUAAUGAUCCGCCCUCACCUUCCCUCUCAGAUGAAUCAAGACCUCGUAGUUCUACUGACUCCAUGGACUCGGGCUGUGAAUUUAUUGAAAACAUCGGAGGCUGAUUAGUGUUUGUUUUAUGCUCACAAACAUGUUUAAUAUAUACACUAUAGUGUUUUUCCUCAAGACGAUUUAUAGUUAAAGUAAGUUGAAAUAAAAUGAAUAGUAUGUACUGUAUAUCUGAACAAAUGAAAUACUGUACAUUUAUUAUUUACAUGAUAUGGUUAAUUUUCCUUUGUUGAAAACAAUUAUGUAAUUAUGAGUUUUUAAUGCAGCCAGAUAGAACAUAUAAAAUAGUAAUGAUAAUAUUAAUACAGUAUGAUAAUAAUAGCAUUUGUAAAAAAAAAGUAUAUAUUGCUUAAGCUCUUGUACAGUGAUGCAUGAAUAGUUUGUUAUUACAUAGUGUGUGCACCUUUGUAAACCUGUAUGUUGAGGCAUGAUUGCACUUUUGAGGCUCCAAAAUUCUGAAAUAUUCAUUACAGUACUACAGUAUCUGUAAUUCUCAACUUAUAUGAAUCUCAUUCAUCUAAAUAUUCAUUUUCCUUCUGUCCCAUUUUAACUUCUUUGAACUUUCUUCUUUUCUAUCCUCCAUUGUGUGUUGAACUCCAUGUAAAAGUACAAAAAGUGGCACACUUCCAAGGAAGCUUUAUAUUUCUUACUCGAUAAAUUUUAAAGUAUAGUACUGUACUGUAAUUAAACAGAGAUACAGCCCAAGCUUCCAAACCUAAGGUUCACUGUUUCACACCCACAGCAUGCCCAUUUCACAUAUCUGUAAGUUAUUACCUAAUUUUACACUAGUAAAUGAAGCAAUCAAGUGCAUUGCUGGCCACACUGCCUCUUCAUGUACUGAAGGAUACUGUGUAUUAUAUCCAUACUGCCUCAAACAAGCCAUCAGGCUAAUGGGACCAACUUUUGCUUAUCACACUGAUUAAGAAGUUGCAGUUUUCAUGUUUUUGUUAUCCACCCAUUUGUAGAGUUUACACCAUCUUUUAACGAUUGUAUUCAUUCCUUACUCCUUUUGGUUUUAUCUUUUUGUUUUGCCACCUCAAUUUAAAUUUUUUCUUUGCUUCAUUUGCUCCUGUUCCCCACUUGAAUACUGAGAGAGACUCCUCCCUUCCUAUUUCUCUCACAGUCUCAAUGUAGGUAUUAGCAGUCUUACCUUACUACAAAGUUAAUGUGGAGAAUCCUCCUGUCAGUUAUUUCCUUGUUUUUAAGUAUAGUAAUUGGCUUUUGAAGGUGCAGUGAUGGGCACAUGUUAUGGAUAUGUACAUUACUGUAUAUACAAGGCCAGAUUGAUUUUAUCGUAAGUGCAGUAAAAUACCAAUUUUAUAGAAUAGUUCGGGACCAAGUCCAUUUUUAAAAAUAAAUUUUUCUCGAGAAUCAAUACAAAUGAAAGACUUGACUACAUUUUGCAAGCUUACAUAAGGUUUCACAAUGUAAUAGCUCCACUUUCUUGUUUGCUGUCAGAGUAAGUCCUCUUAUGUUUUGCUGUAAAUGAUGCUGGGCAAUCCAUUGAUCGUUUUUGGGGGAAGAUAAUGUUAACACUGAGGUGCAAAACAUAGUAAUCAAAACACAAGAGUGAUGUGAGCUGGCCUGAGUCAACAUGUGGGCUGAUUCCCACACGGGGAAAGAUGGCGGAGGAUUUAAUUCAACAUAUCUUCUCAGCAGAACCAAGUGUAGGUAGUGGAACACAUCCAUUCCCCAAAUUUUCCAUUUCUAUUAAAUUACAUAUACAGUAUAAGUUCAGUACAGUACAUAAAAUUGGUAUUUUACUCUUAUUGCAGUAUUCUGUCCUAUGUGGUAGAAGGCAGUUGCCAUACAGUAUUUUCUCGAUAUAACAGAAUCCGUUAAAGGAAUUCCGAUUUUAAGAAACGAUUUUUUCCAUUACUGAUUUUCCAAUUUAGCGAACUAAAUUGAGUAGAAUUUCGUUAAUUCCACCAAAACGGCUGCAAACAGCACUGCUCGCUUGCUCAGUCUGUGUCCUGUGUGUGUGCUAUCUGCCCAUUCACUGCUUGUGACUGUUUCUUGCCCUAUAUGUGCUAUGAAAUCAUGGCAAAAGUGAAGCAAAGGUCUCAGUAAGGAAAUGGGUGUGUUUUUUAACGGACUCUACCCAAUUUAACGAACUUCCGUUAAAUUGGGAAAUAAUAAAUGGAAAAGAAUUCACAACUCAUUUUAACGGAGAGGAGAGGCUCAAAUUAGUUUACUUUAAGAUUAUUGAAUGUUUUAUUAUAUAUAUUAUUGUAAAACAAGGGAAGGAUGGUUUAUGGUUUUAGAUUUUGAUUAGACAGCUGAAUAUUUGGUUGACCAUGAAUAUUUUUUUGUCACGAAGAAAGAUAAUGAAAAAAUAACAUGUGACCAUCUGCAGUAUGUACAAACUCUUGUUAUUUGCAGGAGUUAGAUUCCAAGGAAUGGCAUGAAUAGGCAAAACUGUGAAGCGCAACUUCUACUACCUUAGUGCACUAUGUCAAACAACCGACCAGCUGCGGCAGCCUUCAUCCCCACUCUUAACUCUCUUUGUCAGGGUUAUAUCUGGCUUCUGCCUUUUACAUUUUACUCCACUAGCAUCACUAGCACUGACACUAGGCAGUGUUUUAGGGGCCAUUUCACACAGAAACCCUAAAGUUUUGAGAGUACAACACAAAAUGCUGCAUGGGGUGACUUGUUGUAUUGUGGAAAAAGGCUCGCAGGCUAGCCGCCAUAGCCACCAUCUGCUUACUGCGAAUCGUUGAAACGAAUCGAAACCCGCAAAUAGCAAGGGUCUACUGCUUUGUUUAUUGUAUUGGUUUUACAUGUUGUCUUAGCUCACCAAAGCCCUUCACUCCAUUCUGCUUGGCUGUGUCCUUCCCCACAUGAUGAAUAAUAAAUAAAUAAUUAAUGGGGGUUUCUGGGGUGAAGUGAGAUGAUUUUUACUUAGGAUUAGGAACUAAGGUAUUCUGUCUCCAGAACAUUUGCAGAAACAGGAAAAUUCUUCCCGAUCAGUUUAAUUGAAUGAUUAUACAGGAUCGUACUUGGCAGAGAAGGAAACUCCCAUGUAUGCCAUUUUAUUUUCAAAGAAAGGUAAUGAAGUAUUGAAACAUAUUGUAAAUUAAUUCCUUAGUGUCAGACAUUGCUACUCAUCUGCCAGUGUUUAGUCUGGAGAUGUUCUGUAUCCUGUAUAUUGUUUUUAAAGAAUUAUUUGUUUCAUUCCAAUGAUUUGAAAUGUAACUGAAAGGAGGAUAUAGACUAAAUGCUUGUAUAUUUUGAUCAAGUAUUUACAAAAUGUUUAUUUUUUUGCAUUGUUGGUUGUAUUUGAUUUGUAUUUCAAUAUUGCUUCAAUGUGUGUGAUUAACAUACAGUAUACAGUAAAUAUUUUUUCUUGAUGGCUGUGACUAUAUAUGGUAAUGAAUUAGAAAGGCAAAUUGUGAUUGAAUUAGUUACAUAUUGGUGAAUGAAAUUUAUGGUAAUGUAGUAUAUAUUAGGUUCUUUUCAACACAUUCAAGAAAAUUAUAAUAUAAACACAUUU